AUGUUUGCUCUUCUUCCCACAGAGGUUAUGAAGCCUCAGGAGGGGGAGCUAGUCAGUGAGAUCUCCAAGGCUGUGGAAAUACUUUUCCUUUCUGAGGACAAUGGCCACCUACACACCCAGCUCCAGGGCCUGGUGUCAGAGCUGAAGGUGGGCUUCUCCAGUGCUUUAUAUGAGCUGAGUCAGAUCCAGCAUGGAGACAGUGAUAUCAGGGAGGAGGUGGGAGAAGCCCGGAGGAGCUGUGAGAGAAAGGCCCUGCGCAUGGAGACCCUGGUUGAAUCUCUCAGGGAUGAACUGGGAGAGAUGCGUUGCCAGAUCCUGCAACUCUGUGGUAGCAACAAGCAGAGGUCUCCAAUACAGCAGGAGGUAAAGGUGACGCAAUCAGCUCUGGCAACCCAGAGAGACAGUGAUACAGGUCUUGUGGUGAAUGGGAGGAGCCACUGUGAGUGCAGUGCCAGCAGCAGUACAUCCUCCUCUUCGAACCGGGGCAGAGUCCUGCUCCACUGCUACCUGCAGGGGCUCAAGGCAGGGAUGUAUGAGGGGACAGAUGCAAGGCACCAAGUGACGAUGCAGCUUCUCCACUCAGAAUGGGAAUACGUGUCAACCUUAAACCAGCUCUACGACAAGUACAGAACACCUCCUGCUCUGCAAAUGGACCUGGAGCCAUAUCAGAAUUACCUGAAGUUUGUGGAGGAGUUGCUGCAACGCCACCUUCUGUUCAGAAACACUCUGGAGCAGAGGUUGUCUGCUCACGACUGGAAAGGCCUGGUGGGAGACAUCUUUGUCCAACUCGUAGGCCACAAUGACUCCUCUUUCUUGGACAUUUACCACGGAUACACAACAGCUCUGGCCACAUUUCUUUCUAUAGAAUUCAACAGAAUAAUGCUCAAUGGGAAAAUACAAAGCACACAGAGCUAUACGAAGGAAAGAGAGGAAGUUCAACUGUUCUCUCUGCUGUUGGCGCCAGUCUCUCGAAUCCACAGCUACUUAACCCUUAUUCAGAGUCUGUUGCAGUGGACUGACAGCGAUCACCCAGACUGCAGCCUCCUCCAGGGGUCAGAGAGGGUCCUGAGGAGCAUCCUUUCCCGCUGUCACCUCAUCCUGGAGGACGAUGUUCGAUGGGGAGACGGAGGAAGAAUGGCCGGGCCCAGUGGCAGCUGCUCUGCCUGCCCCUGUGCCAAGUCGUGCGAUCACAGAAGCCAGCUCUGCCCUGCCACGGACACACAGAAACACAGACAGGAGUCCCGUGAUGCUGCUGGGAAACGAGAGGAACAACAGCCACGUCUUUCUAACUGUGCCGCCGGCUGCCAGAGCAUGCCUGUUGCCCGUUGGUCUACCGGUACUGUACGGAAGAAGAGCUGUUACAGAGACCGGACAGGGGGGACCUUCCAGUCUCAUCUCCGUGACUCCGGCGGCCUGGUCUACGGUGGGGACAUCAGCGCCUUCCUCCAUACGGCACCCCCUGGGUGGGGACAGCGACUCUGGACAGGAGUCUCCGAGCCAGGCCACGGGGGUUAA